GUGCGCAUUCCACGUAGCGCAGUCGUUUGAACUAGAAAUCCGUUGGAGAGGUCACUUUGCCGCAUUUGUUCUUCGACAAACUAUCACUUGGUCAAGUCAGGUCUUCAACAAACUGUUGAACUAGGAUGACGGUUUCAAAAACUGACACAGAGACCAUGACUGGUUACCGCAGCAAAUUCCUACACAGAUUAUCCAAACUUCCAGCCGUUCAACUUACAAAAUCGUUUUACGAAACUACAAAAACGGUUGAAGUACUAAAAUGUGGUUUAGAAUUUGCAGAGAAAAGAAUGGAGGCUUUGAGCCAACCUGUGAAGGCCGCCAUCCCUAUCGAACAUGAAUUCGUCCAGAAGCUAGAUCUUGCUGCCAACGGCACUCUAAAAACCUUGGAGAGACAGUUUCCUAUUGUAACGGAGUACCCUGUUCAGGCUAGCGAGAGGAUUGGAAGGAAGGCACUCCGCAGUUUUCCUGGCAGACAGUUCCUGAAAGGUCUGGAUCUCAUAAUCGGUGUAUCUGAGACUGCACUCGACUUUGUUAAACCAAUGGAAGAAUGUAGGGUACCAUCAGAGAGCCCUAUAGAGCCAGACACUAAACCAAGUGUCGACGAGACAGAUAAGCCAAGUUCCACUGACGAAGGAGUAGACGUAGAUACAGAAUCAGUGAACCAAAUGGCUUCUAAAAACAAUCAGCGUGAGCCAAAGCAACCACUUCUUGCACUCGCUACAGAAGGAUUUGAUGUGGCAGCUCUUACUAAAACUCUCUACUGCUUCACUGUUGUCUGGAGUCUUGACAUGUGGGUGCAGACGUUAAAGUCAGUGAGACGAUAUCUGCGGCGUUUGUACACGGGUCAGUACCGUAAGAGCGCAAGAAUAAAGACCUCGAAGCUCUCCCCAAGUAGAGCACAGGCCAUGGAAGCACGUAGGAUCAAGAAGGUUGCUCCACACAAGCCAGCAAAAGAAUCCUCUAAGAUUGAGCAACUCGGAACAUGGGUGUUGGCACUUUUUGGGAAAACCCCGGAAAAGCAAUCGUCUGGUGACAUCAGAAAAUAUCUGAUCAAUCUAAAUAAUGAAGCUGUUGGAGAAACUCCUGAUGAUGGUGACCAUGAACGUAAACGUAAAUUCUCAGACGUCAGCAGUGAUAGUAGUGACGUCAGUGACAUUGAUCUGGCAACAUUUGACCUUGAUAACUACAUCUCGGAUGAUGACCCAGAUUAUGAACCGUGUAGUGAGACCGAGUCUGAUGAAAGUUUAGAGUUUGUGGCGAGUGCCUCAGAAGAUGAAUUACUAGCUGAACUUCAGGAAGACCCAACAGGCGGUCAGGAUGAGGUACUUCCUAAAAUGUCGAAACAAGAACCUCCUGAAGUUGCACCUAAGCCUACAUCUAAGCCAAGUAAUGACGACGCAUUACCCGGUGAGUCCCCCAACAGAAAGUGUAAAGAUGACAAAUCGAAUAAGGAUAACAUAAAUGUGGUUGAAAAAGACACCACCUAGGAGCCAGGGACCAUACACCAACAUGGACAUGUCUCGUAGUAUGACGCACUUGACAUCGCCUAACAUCAGCCUGAAACCUCAAUGGAUUGCCAAGAAGCCUAUUUAAAGCAUUGAUACCAAUCAUUUAUCGCUAUUUCGUAAUCGUAUUAUUAAUUGAUAUAUCGUUUGGCAGUUUCAUACCAGUUUCAUACCAGUGUCGAUUUUUUUUAAAGGACUUUUCUUGUAUGUGUACGUUAAAAUUCAUAUUUUGAACUGAUGUUAAGAAGCCUCAAUUUAUAUAAAUACAGCUAUUAAUAAUAAACGAAUUUUGUCGCAUGUCUUCAAGC